AUGAUGGUGCCUUCGGCGCGACGCGUGCAGCCGCUGGGCGCGUCCUCGCUCGCGCGGGUCGCGUCGAGCGCGCCGCGCGCACCCCGCGCGUUCCGCGUCCUCGAGACGCGGAACGCGCGAGGCGCGUCCAUCGCGCGACUCGCGCCCGCGCGACUCGCGCCCGCCGCCGCCGACUCGCACUUUGAGAGCGUCAAACUCCCGCGGUGGGAGGGAGAACGCCUCGGGUGGCCCGAGCGUCGGCGCGGGGGAUGCGAGCGCGGGCUCAACCGCCGCCGCGUCCGCGCCGACGCGUCCCCACCGUCCUCCCCGUCCCCUUCCGAGGUCGCCGCCACUCAGCCCGACGACGAGCCCCAACGCGGAGGAAUCGCGGGCUUCUUCAAGCAGCUGGACGGCCUCUGGGGCCAGCUCGUGCCGAUGGCGUUCAUGUUCUACUGGAUGGCGCUCGCCAACGGCAUCCUCGACGCCCUCAAGGACACCCUCGUCGUCACCGCCUUCGGCGGCGCGGAGCAGAUACCGUACCUCACCGUGUACGCCGUGCUGCCCGCGUCUCUCGCGGUGGUUGGAUUAUUCGCCAGGGUGAACGCCAUGUGGGGCCGCGAGAAGCUCUUCUACGUCUUCCUCGGCAUCUUCAUGACGUUCUUCGCCGCGUUCACCGUGGUGUUGUACCCCAACGCGGCGGCCUUGCAUCCGACGGCGUGGGCGGCGAAUGUCGCGGCGACGCUCCCGCAGGGCAUAGCCGGCGGGAUCGCGGUUUUGACCAACUGGACGUACUCCCUCUUCUACGUUUCCUCCGAGCUGUGGGGGGACGUGAUCUUGUCGUUACUGUUCUGGGGGAUGGCCAACGAGACCACGAGGCUGCAGGACGCGAGCAUAAUCUACCCGCUGCUGGGCGUCGGCGCCAACAUCGCCCAGGCGAGCUCCGGCGCGCUCGUGCGAUGGGUGAGCACCAAGUGGGUGCCGGGCCCCGGCAUGUCGGUGGAGGCGGUGUGGGGCGCCAAGCUUCGACUGUUGAUGUCGCUGGUGAUGCUGUGCGGCGUCGGCAUCGCGGCGACGCACGCGUACAUCAUGCACCGCGCGCACCAGGCGGACGGCGGCGUCGGCCGCGCCGCCGCUAAGGAGGCGGCGGCGGCGGCGAGGAAGGCUCACGAGGAUGAAAAGGCGGAGAACGCCGCUCUCGUCGCCGCGGGAAAGGAGAAGAAGAAGGCCAAAACCGGGUUACUCGACGCCCUCCAGUUCGUGCUCCGCUCCCCCGAGGUGCUCUGCCUCGCCAUCAUGUCCGUGAGCCAAGGGUUGAGCUCCAUACUGUUCCAGGUGGCGUGGAAAGGUCAGUUGAGAAUCUUGCACCCGUCCCCGGCGGAGUACUCGGCGGCUAUGGGCGACGUGCAGCUGGCGUCCGGCACCCUCACCUGCGUCCUCAUGGUGUGCGCCCCGUACCUGUUCCGCAAGCUCGGGUGGGCCGGGACGUUGGGGGUGACGCCCAAGUCCGCCAUGCUCCUCGGCUGGGCGUUUUUCGGAGCUUCCAUCUGGAUGGCCAACGCGGGUCACCUGGUGAUUUCGUCGCCGCUCUUACCGUACCUGGUGUGGGGGGGCAGUCUGCUGUACGUCAUCGAACGCGCCGCCAAGUUCUCGCUGUUCAAGCCCGCGGAGGAGAUGGUGUACAUCACCCUGGACGACGAGUCGCGAACCAAGGGCAAAGCCGCUGUUGACGUGCUCGGGGCUCAGAUGGGAAAGACGGGUGGGUCGUUUUUGCAGCAGGGUUUGCUGCUGUACUACGGCACGAUCGUCGCCGCGCUGCCCAUGCUCAUGCUCGGGCACACCGGCAUCGUGUUCAUGUGGCUGUGGGCGGUGAAGAAGCUGGACGACAUGCACGGGAGCGAGCUCGCGAUGGUGAACGAUCCCCACGCGCUGGCCGAGGCUGAGGAUGCCAAGGCGGCGGCGGCGGCGGCGGCGAAGGGGGAGGGGGAGGGGGAGGGAGGGGCGGGGGGAGGUGGGGGAGACGGGGACCUGAAGGGCGCCGCGCCCGCGGCGGCGUGA